CUCUCCUCCGCGCCCUAUCUUGUCAGCAUGGGAGCGACAAGCGUCGCCUGGAGAUCUCCUUUGACCAUCCUGAAAGGGGCAUGUCCGGCACAAAUGGCCAGCAGGACUCUCUCAACGGCCACUCUGGCUUCAUUCUGGCCGUCUUCUGCGUGGUCUCUGCCUUCGUCAUCUGGCCCGUCAGGAUUCCGCUGCCGGCGUCUCUCCAACGGCUUCUGCUCUCAACGCUUCUAAACACCAGAGUCAUCGGGCUCAGCGACUUCGAAACCCUGUCCAAUCGCCGACUUCACAUUCACUUGUCUCUCACGACAGCCCCCGUCAUCGCCGUCAUUCUACUCCUUGCGACAACUACGAUACAUGGCUCGACCAUCCGGCUUGGUAUCGUCGGGGAUGAGACCGUCAAACCCUACGACGUCCUUGUUCUCUUCAUCUCGCUCGCCUACGUCUCAAUCGCCCUUGACGGCACCGGUGCCCUCGAAGCUACUGCCUUCUAUGUUUCCAAACGCGGUGGCAGCUCCGGCCGCUUGCUCUUCACUUAUCUUUACGCCUUCUUUCUGCUCACGGCAUGUAUAGUGGGCAAUGACCCGCUCAUCCUCUCGGGCACACCGUUUCUGGCAUAUCUGAGCCAGCAUACAGGCCUUGAUCCGACGGCAUGGGUUUUUGCGGAGUUCAUGGCUGCGAACACCGCCUCUGCCGUGCUGGUGAGCAGUAAUCCGACCAACAUUCUGAUCACAGGCAGUUUUGGGCUCAACUACUUGACCGACUUUACCAAGUGGACGGUCCUUCCCUCUUUGAUCCCGGCGGCCUUGAACUAUCCGAUUCUGCUCGGCAUGUUUUGGAAGAAGAUCCCCAAGACGCUGACGCCAUUGACGGAGGACCCGUGGAGCAAACUUCGUGACCGGCCAGGUGCUUUCUUUCUUAGUGCGCUGAUGCUGGUCACAGUCUCCGUGCUUGUCGGCACGAGUUUCGUGCCGGGCCAUGCGGUGGAGGUCUGGAUGGUGACGGCGCCGGCUGGUGUGUCGGCGUUCCUGUUCAAUGUUGUAAACGACUGGUUUCAUCCGGAGGUUGGUCGAGAAAUUGUUCGGCAGCAAUCACGCGAUUCCGCCGCAGAGAUGUCAGAAGUUGAUCACAGGCGGUCGAGGCCAGUCCAAGUCCAUGUCUCAGCGGGCGACCAAGUGCGCGAGCCUUCAGAUCUGGAAGACGGGGGGCUUCCAUCACCCAAGUCCUCCGAGUCCGCAUCUCCAUCGCCACCGAUACCGGCAAAGGACGAGGACAACACAGGCAACAAACACGGUAGCCAGCCGACCGAAUCCGAAUCUCGACAACUUUCUCCUUCCCUUUCUGGGAGGGACCAAUCAAAGAAUUCCGUGCCCGCCUCCAAACCCAACACCAAGGGCGAUCGCACGUCACUUACCUCUCUCCUCCGCGGUCUGGCCUCUCGCUUCCCUUCCACCGCGCAUACCGUCUCACUCCUCCCCAUCCCGCUUCUGCCUUUCGCCAUGGCCGAAUUCAUCCUCGUCCGCGGGCUCUCACAGCGCGGCUGGAUCCGAGUGUUUGCAAUCGGGUUCGCCCGCGCCUGCACAUCCCCCGCCGCGACCGUGUUUUUCUUCGGCUUCGUCAGCGCCGCGUUCCUGUGUCCAUUGGCCGGGACGAAUAUCGGGGCGACCAUCAUCCUCGUGGAGAUCCUGCGAGAUCCGCAGUUCAUGCGCUCCGACAACGUGCAGCGCGACCCGCGGGUCUUGCCGGGGGCGAUAUACAGCGUGGCGAUGGGGAGCAACAUCGGGGCGUUCAGCUACACCUUCGCCGGCUCUCUCGCAGGGCUGCUGUGGAGGGGCCUCCUCGCCCACAAAGGCGUGCGGGUGAGUCAGUGGAAGUUCGCCCGGGUGAACAUGGUGCCGCUCUUGAUGCAGAUCGUCGUGUCCAGUGCCAUUGUGCUGGGCGAGGUCUACUGGUUUGCGUGACGACUGGUCCCCGCGUUAGUGUUGAGGCGGAGAGAGAAGUUGAUCUGGCAAAGGUCCUGGAUACAUAGAGAAGCUAGAUCGGGUUGCUAGAAUGUCGGCCAACACAUUGGAUCAGCAAUGACAAGACGGAUCACAAGCAUGGAAUCGAGCAAGUUUAGACCGUGGGUGUUUUGUAUUCAACAUUUUGGUAGUAGCCGUAAACCUAACCCCUGACGGAAUUUUGAAAAAGA